UGAGCCAUCACACCUUCAAAUACGCCUCGCCUCAUACCGCUGCUCAUCUGCUGCUCAUCGUCUCACAAUGGCGACGACGAACAGCGACGGAACAGUCACCGGGGCCACGGACGCUGCCGCACCCAGCGCCAGCGCCGCCUUCCCAUCACACAACCUCACCGCCCACUUCUCCUUCCCCGAAGAAGAGAAGAAGGUACUUCAAUACUGGCGUGACACCGACGCCUUCAAGACUUCACUGAAGCAGUCGAGAGACGAGAAGCGUAAGCCCUUCUCAUUCUACGAUGGACCCCCUUUUGCGACCGGAUUGCCUCAUUACGGACAUCUCCUCGCCGGUACCAUCAAGGAUGUGGUCACCCGCCACGCACAUGCCACAGGCCACUAUGUUGACCGAAGGUUUGGCUGGGACUGCCACGGUCUGCCAGUGGAGCAUGAGAUUGACAAGAAGCUUGGCAUCACCGGCAAGCAAGACGUCAUGGAUAUGGGCAUUGCAAAGUACAAUGCUGAAUGCCGGGCCAUCGUCAUGAGAUAUUCAGAAGAAUGGAAGGCCACCGUAGAGAGGAUGGGUAGGUGGAUCGACUUCGAUGGUGGAUACAAGACCAUGGACAUCUCCUUCAUGGAGACCGUCUGGUGGGUCUUUGGUCAGCUCUACAAGAAGGACCUAGUGUAUCGGGGCAUGAGGGUCAUGCCUUACUCGACCGGCUGCACUACGCCCCUCAGCAACUUUGAGGCCGGUCAGGAUUACAGAGAUGUGCCCGAUCCAGCCAUUACAGUCAGCUUCCCGGUCACAUCUCCUUCGGAAGAGACAGGAGCAUCUCUUCUUGCAUGGACGACUACACCCUGGACGCUUCCCUCUAAUCUCGGACUCUGUGUUCACCCCGAUUUCACAUACAUUAAAAUCAAGGAUGAAGCAUCCGGUAACCUCUACUGGCUCCACGAGAAGCUCCUCACCACUCUGUACAAAGACUCCAAGAAGGCCAAGUGGACACAGCUAGACUCGAAGAAGGGAUCUCAGCUCAAGGGCUGGAAGUACGAGCCUCUCUUCGACUACUUUGUCAAGGAAUAUGGGGACAAGGCUUUCCGGGUUCUCAACGACACCUACGUCACCUCAGACUCGGGAACAGGUAUCGUUCACCAAGCGCCAGCUUUCGGUGACGACGAUCACCGAGUCGCCAUCGCAAACGGAAUCGUUGGUCGAGAUGAAGCCCCUCCUUGCCCCAUCGACGAGUCUGGCAAGUUCACCGAUGAGGUGCCUGAGUACAAGGGCCAGCACGUGAAGGAAGCUGACAAGCCUAUUCAGAAGAAGCUCAAGGAGAUGGGCCGUCUCAUCGUGCAGAGCACUCUCACCCACUCGUACCCACACUGUUGGCGAUCGGGAACACCUCUCAUCUACAAGACCAUCCCGUCCAUCUUUGUGCGCGUGGAGCCCAUCACUUCGAAGCUGACAGCUAAUAACCAGCAAACGAGGUGGGUCCCUUCAGCCAUUGGAGAAGGUCGAUUUGGCAACUGGAUCGCCAAUGCUCGUGAUUGGAACGUCAGCCGAAACAGGUACUGGGGCACUCCUUUGCCGCUCUGGGUCAGUGAAGACUGGGAGGAGAUUGUGUGCGUAUCAUCGGUGGCCGAGCUCAAGGAGCUUUCCGGCGAGAAGGAAAUCACGGAUCUCCACCGAGAGUCCAUCGACCACAUCACCAUCCCCUCCAAGAAGGGCAAGGGACAAUUGAAGCGCGUGGAAGAGGUCUUCGACUGUUGGUUCGAAUCAGGAUCGAUGCCCUAUGCACAGGCUCACUAUCCUUUCGAGAACAAAGAGCACUUUGAGGCCUCGUUCCCUGCCGACUUCGUCUCUGAAGGCCUCGAUCAGACUCGAGGAUGGUUCUACACUCUACUGAUUCUUGCGACUCAUCUCUUCGACACGGCUCCCUGGAAGAAUUUGAUCGUCUCUGGUAUGAUCCUGGCAGGUGACGGCAAGAAGAUGUCCAAGAGUCUCAAAAACUACCCCGAUCCUACGCUCGUGUUUGACAAAUACGGAGCCGAUGCAGUCAGGCUGUAUCUUGUCAAUUCUCCCGUCGUGCGGGCUGAGACACUGAGGUUCAAGGAGGAAGGUGUCAAGGAGACGCUGGCCCAAGUGUUCAUCCCAUGGUUGAACUCUUUCCGCUUCUUCCUAGGCUCGGUGCAGAUGCUCGAGAAGGAUCAAGGGGUCAAGUUCGUCUACCAAGAGCAUGCCAAGAAGAGUGAGAAUGUCAUGGACCGCUGGAUCCUUGCGCGCUGCCAGGGCCUCAUCGAGUUCGUCAGGCAGGAGAUGGAUGCCUACCGUCUGUACACCGUUAUGCCUCGGCUGACGGGCUUGGUCGAUGAGCUGACCAACUGGUACAUUCGUUUCAACCGCAAGAGGCUGAAGGGAGAGGGAGGUGUCGAGGACACGCUCUCGGCCCUCAACUCCCUCUUCGAGGCCCUCUACACACUUUGCAGGACCAUGUCUUCUUUCACGCCCUUUUUCACCGAGAAUCUCUACCAGGGUCUGCAGACGUUCAUCCCACCCAACUCGGAGGCGAAGCAAGACACUCGCUCGAUCCACUUCCUGCCCUUCCCCGAUGUCAAGCAGGAGUACCUGGAUCCCGUCAUCCAGCGCCAAUUUGCUGCUCUGCAGACGAUCAUCGAAUUGACCCGCAACGUGCGCGAGAAGAACACGCUGCCUAUCCGAGUGCCGCUGAAGGAACUCGUCGUCUUCCACUCUGACCGCCAGUACCUAGACGAUGUCAAUGCUCUCUCUUCUUACAUUACCGAGGAGCUAAACGUGCGAGAUCUAAGCUUGAGCCAAGACGAGGAGGCCUGUGGAGUGAGGUACGCUCUCCUGGCCGACUGGCCCGUCUUGGGCAAGAAGCUGCGCAAGGACUUGGGUAAAGUCAAGAAGGGUCUGGAGAAGGUGUCGAGUGCAGAGGCAAAGCAGUACCUCGAGACGGGCAGGAUUGUCAUCGAGGGUAUUGAAUUGGGCGAGGGUGAUUUGAGGGUCGUGAGGGAUGUGGACAUUGAGGCUGCGACGAAGCAUCGAGCGAGCGACGAGGCCGUCACCUGGCAGUCCAACACGGACGGCAAGGCGAUUAUCCUGUUGGACACUCUGGUGCGACCCAAUCUGCAGGCCGAAGGUCUCGCUCGAGAACUGGUCAACCGCAUCAAUCGCGCUAGGAAGCGUGCCGGCUUCAUCGCCACGGACGCCGUCGAUGCGCUGUACAGCUUCGAGACGUCUGCGGGUGAGAAUGUCGAGGCGCUGAGGAGUGCUUGGACCGAGUAUGGCGAUUAUCUUGAGAAGAGUCUCAGGAGGCGACCCAGAGAAGAGGUCGAGGUGGAUCAGAGGAAGGCGGAGCUGGAGGAGGAGACGGAGAUCAAUGACGUUGUUCUCAAGUUGAGGCUGGUCAAGGUGUAAGUGGGAGGUGUGCUUGUAGCUAGCUAUCAGUCGCUGAGUCUAGAGAAUACAUUGCGAGCUCCGUC